AUGAAUUAAUCUAAUAUGACUAGCAAUUAACUUACAAAUGGUGUUUUAGAUAAAUCUAAACCUCUUUUCAAUUAAAAAUUACUCAAAGAGAAAAUAAAUGAAUUAUAAAAUACUAUUCUAAGAACAGAAAAAGAAUAUAGUUAAUUAAAUCAAGGAAGUAAUAAAACUAAUACAUUCAGUAAAGCAAAAUAAUCAAUAAAUUCUUUUGAUAAGCUAUAAAAUUAAAAAGAUUUAUAGAUUGAAAACUUGAUUGUUGAAAAUCAAAAACUUGUUAAAACCAUUUAAAAAUUAGAAACUAAAGUCAAGAAUAUAGUUUAAUUAUAAAAUGAAAAUUAAAUCCUUAAACAAAAUUUUUAAGACCUAAAAUAAGAAAUUGAGUUAUAAACAUAAAAAAAAACGUUAAAAAACGAUACUAAUUUAUCAUCUGAUGCAGCUUUAGGAUUUUUAGCAGCAAAAAGAAGUUAAGAAAUUUAAAUAUUAUCUAACGAAGUCAAAGAAAUAAAAUAGAAGAAUUAAAACCUAUAAGAAAAAUUAGAUAAACUAAUAUUAGAGAAUUAACAUUUAUAGUCUAUAAUAAAAAAUUCAGAAAAUUAAUAAUUUAGAUCUGAUUCAUAAAAUAAUUCAAUUAAAAAAAAUAAUUUGGUUGAAAAGUUGUCUGAUUAAAAUUAAACUAAAUAAAAUGAACAAAUAUUUUUACUCUAGUAAGAACUAGAAGAUGCAAAAAAAACAAUAAUGUAAUUACAAAAAUUGAAUAAAACAAACCAAUAUACUUAAUCAUCUUAUAAUUAUAAAUUUAGUAAUUCUAAUGAGAAGAUAUCAAAAAGUUAAUCAUUAGAACCAUCUCAAUUUGAUUAAGAUAAAAGGAUGAAAGAAUUAGAAUAAAAGAUAAAAAAACUGGAAUUUGAAAAGGAUAAUCAAAUUUAUAAUACAAAAUUAGAAUGCGCUUAAGAUUUGAAAUAAUUUUAAGAAAAAUUAAAAUAGGAAUACAAUUAAAAAUAAUAAUUUGAAAAUGAUUAUGAUAAACCUACUUAAGAUAAAGUUAAGAAAUUAAGUGCUGAAAACAAUAAAUUCCAAAUAAUGCUUGAAAGAUAGAAUAAAGAAAUUAUGAAUAUGGAGAAAAAAUUGACAGGUAUUUAUAUUAAAUAUAUUAUUCUGUAGACUUAUUGAUUUAAUAAGAAGAACUUUAAAAAAAUUUAUAAAAAGAACAAUAAUUUUAAAGUUAUCUUAAAUAAGAAAAGUCUAUGUUAUAAAAUUAAUUAAAAGAAAAAGAUAAAGAAAUCAAUGAUUAUAAAGAUGAUAUCAUAAAACUAUCAAAAGAGAGACAAUAAUUAAAAGAUUAAAUAGAGAAACUAAAAUUUGAAGUCAAAAUGAAUUAAAAUAAAAGUAGUAAUAAACCUUAAAGUCAUCAAAGUGAAAUGAGUAAAAGAAAAAGAUGA